GCCGUUCCCGCCGCCCCCGGGGUAGGGGGCGCUGUCUGCAGGCCCGGCGCGCCGUCCCUCGCCGCCGCUGCUGCCGCCCCCGGGUUCCUGAAGCAGCUCGUAGCGUUCGAUGCCGUUGCGGCCGAAAUCACGGUCGGUGGCAGUGGGCAGCAGGUAGAGAGUGCCCACUGGCCGGUUCUCCUCCACCGUGAGCGUGAGCACGGGCGACGGGAAGGUGGGCGUGUUGUCGUUGAUGUCGAGCACGAUGACCCGACCCUCGAACAGGUCCACCCAGCUCUGCGAGGGCCCGAUCACCGAUACCUCGAAGUCCAGGAAGCACUCGUUUUCGUCGAAGAUCAUCUGACACUGGGGUAGCUUCUCGCGGUCGAUGCGCCGCUCGCUGGUACUCAGCUCGCCGGUGAGGUUGUCGAUCUUCAGGUACUCCGAGCCCGACUCGAGGCUGAAAGUCACCUCACCGGAGCCGGUCACGAUGCCCAAGUCCGAAGCGACGUUGCCGAUGCGGACGUCUGCUGGGCCCUCCUCGGCCAGUCGGUACCGGAGGAGUUGCUUGGCGGCCGCCAGGCUUACCGAGAGCGGCAAGAGGAGACAGCAGCCCAGGCACCAGGCGCGCGCCCACCCCAUGGUCCGCAUCCUCAGCAUCUUCUCCUGCUGCUGCUGCUACUGCUCCUUCUAAUCACGGCCCCCUAGGCGCCCCCCUGCUCCGGGGCCGGUCGCCUGCCCUCCUCCCAGUCCUCUCCCCUCUCUGUGAAGGGGAAGAAGCGAGAGGGAGAAAAGGGAGGGGGCAAGAGCAACGUCCAGAGUCGGCCAGGGGGGACCAGCGAAAGAUCCUUCUUUUUUUUCCUCCUGCUUCCUCCUAAAGUUAUUGUUUCAUAAUUCAUGCAAUGGGUGCUAAUCGCCCGCUCGCCAGCCGCCGUUCAGUCGCAGUACUCACAGUUCACGGGACACUGAGCGCCGCGGACUCGGAGCCCGCCCCCCGCCCCCACAGAGUCAUCACCGCAACGCGCAGAGGAUCCCGGGCUCCCGUCCCCGCUCUGUCGGAUGGGGCCGGAACCGGUCUGUCAGGCCGGCGGUGGAGCCGGGAAGCAGCGGGGAGCGAGCCUGCAGCCUCCCCGCCUGCCAACCCCGCUCGUCUUUGCUGCUACUCGAGUUGCGUCCAAUUCACGUUCCAGCCACUCACUCCAGACCCAGCUUCUGCUCCGGCUGCCCCGGCAAACGUGAGUCGCUUCCUGCACGAGGUGCUAGGGCUAGCAACAAGCCAGUCUCAACUCCGACUCCGCUCAGGCAGCGGCGGAGCCAGUCAACAGAUCGAGAAUGAAAAAUCCCGGCAGGUCGCUUCGGGCACCGUGCAGUGGAGACGACACGAGUCACACAGCGGUCCGCUUCAGGGUUCCCCCCGCGCGCGGAAGAGCAGCCAGAGCCAUCUUCAGGGACGCCCAGAUAGUCAGUCCCUUCUCACCCCAGAGAGCUCGGGUUUCUCUUUUUCUUCUUAACAACUCUGCGCAAGGUCAUUAGUCACGAAGCCGCCGCCUGAAACCGCAGCAGCCUUUCGCCCGCGGGGGUGAAGGCUGAGCAGUGCGCACCGCGCGGUGCCCAAGUUUGGGUUCGCAGCCGCAGAGUCUGUGCCUUUCCUCACCUGCAUUCGGCCCGCAUGUCAGAGCACUGGGAUCUGCAGCGCUGUGCGCGAUUCAGGGAGGAGAUUGCAGCCUCCCUCUCUCCCCGCUCUCUCUCGAUCCCUCCCCUCCCUCCCUCUCUCCUCCUCCUCUCUCCCCCCUCCUCUCCCUUCCCCUUUCCCCUUCUCCCACUCCUCUCUCCUGCACGCUCUCUUCUCCUUUCUCCCAGUCCCAAUGCAGGCAACUCGAGCUGAACUUGAUCCCUAUGCAGUUCAAAGAUGAUGUUCCCCACCUCCCGAAGUGUCUCUGGUUCGCGAAUUAGCAUCUUGGUUAAGGCUUGGUCGGCUGUGGCUUCGGGGACCCCGCGUGCACCCAGGGAGCCACGCUGGUGUU